AUGGCCACACUGAUGGACGCCUACGAGGGGGCUCUGGAUCCAUUCUUCGGAGUGAUGGCCAGUCCCCCGCUUCCCAGUCCCAGCCUCAUUCCACAGGUGAAGCCACUGCUGAGAUCUCCAGUUCCGGAAGGCCCACCGGAGGUUUCUCCCAGAGUCAAAGAGCCACCUCCUGCAAUCACGGUGUCUCCGGAGCUGAUCACCAUCCGCGAGGUUGAGCCCAUCCGGAUGCCUGAAGUGGAGGAGGGACUCGAAUUGCCUGAGCUCAGCGUCCGGGAGCUGGAAGACUUCCUGGCCGAGGAGUUCAGGUUCCCUGAAGAGCCCGGCGUACUGGAGCCACGACCUCCCCGGAGACGGCCUCGGCCAGAAGUUCCCAGGGAGGUGGAGGUGGCACGAGAAGUCACGGCCGAGCCAGCGGAGAGACUGGAGAUCUCACCCGUGAGACCGGAGAUCGAAGAGCCAUCCGCACGGGAGGCAGAGGUCACCGCGGUCCCAUCGGAGGUCUCCGUCAUCCCGCCAGCUGAAGCUGUCCCGGAGAGAGAAAUGGAGAUACCAGCGCCCCCCUCGCUACCCGUCUCGCCCGAGGAGGAGGAGUUGCCCAGGCGCAGAGAGCCCUCACCCAGCCCAGAGCUGGUGUUACCUGAGAUACCUGAGCUCCCACCAGUGGCCCCGAGACGCAGACGGCGAAGGCCGCAACUUAUCGACACGACCAUCCAGAUGCCACGAGAGGAGAUACAGGAGCAGAUCGAGAGAGUUGACGUCCACUGUGCUCCAUCCCGGCCCAUUGAGCUCCCGCGCCAGCGAAGGAGACCGCCCACCGAUCUGUUCCAGAGCCCCACCUACGAGCCCUGGACGGCCCCCGAGCUGCGACACCUGUGGACGAGGUGCGCCAGGACCGAGCCCGUGGACUACCACGCCAGGCGCAGGAUUGAGGCCCUGGAGAUGGAGGCUCUGCGGGAGACCCUGGAGCCAAGCAUACCUCAGCUAACUUUGACAGCACCACUGGAGGAGUUGGAGCCUGAAACACCUCUGCCCCUCAUCAGGACACCAGAGGAAAUCCGACCUCCCACGGCAGAACCGGAGGAGAAGCUCCCGACGGUGAUGGAAGUCAGCGAGAUGCUGGAGGUGUCGCCGGGCCGCGUCCCCCCUCCCGAAGAGGCCGCUGUCACUCACGAAGUGGUGAUGGAGCUGGUCUCGCAGGGGUUGGUCGACCGCGAGGAGACGGAUCUCCACACGAUUCUCCCCCCCGCCAUCUCCCGCAUCGACAUCUGCCGCAUCUUCUACAUCUGCCUGGUGCUCGCCUCGAGGCAGGUUCUCCACCUGGCCCAGACCCGUCCCUACGGGAGGAUCGCCAUCCGUCCUGGUCCGCGGUACAGCGAGGACCUGUGA